AGUAAGAAUGUGUCUGAUGGUCAUGAACAAUAAUAGUAACAGAUAACGGUCCAUUCUUUUGUACGUAUAGUGAUUAUACGGAAUAUAAACAUCGACAGAAUUCAUACCUUAUUAGGAUCAUACCUUAUUAGGAAAGUUUUACACGAGGGGAAUAUUGUUAAUCUUGAAAAGGGCGAUAUGGAAGCAUUUAGAGUGAUAUCGGUACUCCUGUUUAUUCUCGGAAAUGUAGACAUAUCGACAUCGAGAUCAGCACGAUUUCUGUUCGACACAAUUUUCCACUCUGGGGACUUUGCGCUGUGUCCAGCUUGCUGCCCUUGUUACGACUAUACCAAAGAUUACGGAAAACUGACGGUAUGGCAUCCUUACCACCAAGUCAAGUGUCAGCUAUCAGAUCGUCCUGACUGUGACUAUCAUUAUGAUCAAUGUAAAGACUACUGUGUCAGUCAGUUAUCAACUAACCGGCCAAUCUAUGAACCGUCUACCUACCCUUCGCCUCAUGUAAAUAAUCCCGCCUCGGUGACCUCUGCUCCUGUGACCUCUGCCCCAGUGACCUCUGCCCCGAUGACUGCUGAUCCAAUGACCUCUGCACCCAUGACCUUGAAACCUGUCCGAUGUGAGAAGUUGAAAGUACUAGACGCUGUUGCAUUAAACAUGGCGGUAACUCUCAACAAUAACAUUCAUAAAGUUUGUACUAAUCAUCCAGAAAAUUCCCCGUCUGACGACCUCGUCUACAGCGUCUGUGACGUCACACCCCCGUCAGAUGUCUACAAAGGAUCUCAAGUCAUAACAAACUGCCAAUACCAUAAGCCGUACACGGCCAUCAAGGCUUUUCCGGCGGAUGUAGACAACUCAAACCUCUCCCUGGCCACGUCGGGGGUAUUCAUAGAAUGUGUUCCGAAUGGAUUCAAGAUGGUAGUCCAAUCAUGUGAGAGCGCCCCCUAUAUAUUGACGAUAGCGACAGAUUCCCACCAGGGGGCACUAGCCCCUCAGUUUUAUCAUAUUAUUAUGGCAUAGACAAAAUAUUAAAGAAUGGCUGAAAUAAA